AUGACCUAUAACUACAGGUAACUCGGAGUAAAAUAAAUCAGAAAAGUUCUAUACCCAGAUUUGCUUUUUACAAUAAUCUAAACGAUUUUGAUGAAUCUUUAAAACAUUUAUCAUUACAAUAGACUAGAAUUACUUAAUUGCCAGUUGGAAUAUAAACUAAGUAAAUUGAUAUCUUUGAAUAUAAAUGACAACUAUAUAAAAUAAUUGGAUUAUAAUAUAUUAGAUGGAUUGAAGAAUUUAGAAAUAUUAUUAAUAAGAAAUAAUCUAUUACAGAAAUUCUAAUUUGGAAGAUUUAAGAAUGUAUAAUAAUUGGAUGUAUCUUAAAAUCACAUUAAAAAGAUAUCUGGUGAGAUUGGAGAAUUGCUAUAACUUGAUUAAUUGUUUAUUUCACAUAAUAGUUUUGUAGAAAUACCAAAAAGCAUAACAAGACUAAAAUGUAUAAAAAAGUAAUAAAAAUAGAUACUUUGAAUGUAUUUUAAUUGGAUUGGUUUAAAUAUGGAGAUCCAGGAGUUUAAGAGUUAUUUUAAUCAUAGGAAUUGAUUUAUUAAUUAUUUCAUACAAUUGAAUAAUGUUGGACAGGAGAAAUGAUUUCAGCAAAGUAAUUGUUAAGUUCAAUUGGAUUUAAACAAUUUGCAUUGAAAUAUUAGGACAAAGACAUUUAGAUUUAAUAUAAAAUACAUUAGACAAUAUCAAAUGAAGAUAUUGGGAUGUUGAGAACAUUGUUAUCUGAACCUAAGAAAUAUUAAAUUGAUGAAAUAAAUUAAGAAGAUUAUUCACCAUUAGGGUUGUCAAUCUGGGAAGAGAAAUAUUUAGCAGCAAGAUAUUUAUUAUAUGCAAAUGCAGAUCCAAAUAAAGGAGCGUAUGUUUAUAAUUAAUAUAUAGUUCAUGGGCUAAGAGUUGUUUGAAUAUUGCUGUAUCUAAAUUAUAAUAUUAUUUAGUAUUUGAUUUAAUCAAGCGAAAUGUAAGAUUGUUUGAAUUAGAUGUGUAUGGUAAUAAUAGUAUUCAUUACUUAUUUUGUGUAUAUUAAAUUAAUGAAAUAGAAGCAUACAAGAUCUUAUAGUUAUUAUUAAAAAAUGGAGUUAAUGGUAAUCAUAUUAAUAAUGAUGGAUACACUCCUAUUCAUUUAGCAGUAUCCAAAGGAUAUAUCUAAGUCAUUGAGUAUAUAUUCAAAUAAAAAGAAUACAAAUUCAAUUUCAGAUAAAAAACACAAAGAUAAAAACAUAAUUGUUUACAUCUUACUGUACUCACAAGAUAAAUUUAUAUUGUCAAAUUCUUUAUUUAUAAAUUCCCAGAAUUCAUAUUCUAAAAAGAUUAUCAUGAUUUAAUACCUCUUGAUUAUUUAAAAAAUGAUUUAACCAUUUAUAAAUAUUUAAAAGGAUUUCAAAAUAUGGAAAUUAGACACAUACUUACUUAAAAUGAAUUAUUCUAUCAAUCACAAAUAUCAGAAGAAUGUGAUGAUAUUUUAUCAAUUAAAGUUUAAAGUCUAGCCUAAUUAGAUUACUUAGGAUUAGCAAAUAAGAUUCAAACAACCAGAAUUAAUGAAAUCACUAGAUAAAUACCAUUAUCUCCUAAUAAUCUAAAAAGAUUAGAAGAAAAGAAUACAUUAAUGAAUCCUAAAGAUUCUUAAAGAAUUCAAUGUCAGCUCUAUAAAGGAAUCAAAAAGAUUGCCUAUGAAUUCGAUAGAUUAUAAUAUAACAAUAUAGAAAACUUAUUGAAUUAAGAAUAACUCUAAGAAUAAUUAGAUGAUCUUAUUUAAAUUAAGAAACUACUCUAUUAAUUAAAUUGUAUUAAGAAUAUCAUUGAUUCCAAUGAAAUCUAUAAUAAACAGUGGCAUUUUUAAUUGAAGAGUCUCAAAUAUUAAAUCAAUAAACAAGUGUAUAGUGAAAGGAAUCUUGAUAACCUGAAGAAGGCUUCGAAUCAACUUCUGCAAAUAUUCUUAGAAAUUAUCAAAAAAGUUGAAUAAUUAUUCAACAAAAAAGAAAACAUGGACAACCAACUGUAAGAUUUUAUUACCACUUUCUGUCCAUCCAUUCAGGUUUCGGAUUGGGUAAGUUAGUAGUCUUCUUGGAAUAGAUUCUCAAGGAAUCUAAUUCAGAUUUGA